UACCGAGGGAAGUCUUUUGUCGCUUGUACACAAGCAGAGCCCGUGCAGUGGUCCAUCGAAUCUACAGUACCUUGUGCCCUCUGUGGCACAGCACAUGAAAUGUAGUAGUACACGACAGCAGACUAUGAAGGGCUGCUGAAUUUCCCAGUCACUAGUUUUCAGCCAACUUACUCCCACCUUUUCCAUUUCCUUUCCCUCUUCCAACUUUGGCUGCCUUUCUGGACGCGCGUUACUUUGCCUGUGCACCUCGCUUCGCCUCUGCCUUGGACAUAUACAACGGACCAUCAUCGGGCGUCAUGCGCAAAUGAUAGGCUCUGAAUCAUUCUCACGCCACGCAGGCAAGAAAAAAACGGCUGCUGACGCCUGGGCCGCUGGACGCAACACUAACCGCCAAAGCGCGAGGCUGUGUGCUGUGUAGAGACAGGGCGGGGUAUCCCCACCUGUUUGUUGGACGGUGGUAAUGUUGUAUGACAGACUGGAUCGACGGGAGCUGCAUCUGUCUUGGCAGCUAUAUACGAUACUAACGAAUCAAACAAGUCUACAGGGCGCCCAUCCUCAACCAUGGCUCAUCCGGAGACAAAUAACACGCUAGGGACGCUCCCGACAGAAGUAUUGCUGUUUAUCGUAAACAACCUGUCCCAACAUGACAUAUGCUCUCUAUGCCGGACAUCACAGAAAAUUCAAUAUCGUGUUCAACCGAGCCUGUACACAAAGAUCCACUUCAAUCCCCUCAGAGAAUUAAUAUUGCUUCCUCUUAUAAAACUCCUCAAAAUCCUCAUCAAGCGACCUCAUCUAGGUCUUCUAGUUCAGGACAUCACCUUAACGCAUGGCAGUAAGGCAUCGAUGUUUCGCCGUCCUAAUUACAAUACAAAAGCUCUUCAACACUUUAUCAAGGAGCUUCGCCUUCCAUUCCAAGACACCUGGCUUAGGGAUGUCGAGAACCAAACAACGGACUCCAUCGUUGCGAUGCUCCUUGUGCUGUGCCCAAACCUUUCCUCCUUGGCAGCCGAUCACCUCUACAUCGAUGAGCCGCGAAUUUUUGGUAUGCUAGUACGCCAUCUAGUUCAACCACAGACAGACAAUCCGAAAUCGCUGCUUAGAAAUCUACGCAGUCUUGCUCUAACGCCACAUCUCGAUCAAUUUCCUGAGGACGAACCCAACACAGAUGCAAUGCUCCCGCUAUUCUACAUAUCUACUCUUCGUCAUAUAAAAUUCACAGUUGAUAGUCCACCUCAGUUUACAUGGCCCCUCUCCUCACCCCCUACUCUUGAAAAUCUUACGUCCAUGCAUCUCUCUAGACUGCGCGAAGUCCAGCUUGGGGAGGUUCUUGCAUGUACCAAGAAUCUUCAAUCAUUGACCUGGAACUGGGUGUUCGAUGGCGGCGAGGAACAUGUUUGGAUGGUAAAUAACGGCAUAUUUGAUCUAGACAGGCUUGGGCUUGCACUAGAACAUGUCCGUGAUUCUCUAGUCGACCUGAAGCUGACAGCAGACGAGGCAAAUUUCUUUUCCUCCUACGCUGAUAUAGAGAUCCAAGGCAGUCUAAAGGCCCUAGCUCGCUUCCCAAAGCUGCGGAGCUUGCAUGCAUUGUACCACUUCCUCUUGAACCAGUCUCCAGAGCGUUAUACUGAUGAGCUACAUUCCAUCUUACCUCAGUCGCUCCAUCACUUAACCAUGUCAGACGAGUUUUCCUAUGGAGAAGGCUGGGAAGAACAAGCACAAUCUGAUGUGAUUCAGAAGUGGUGGAGUCACCAUCUUGACUGUACCCCAGAGUUGCGUUCCCUUACCAUACAUGCCACGGACAAGACCUAUAAGUGGAUUAUACCGGGAUAUGCAUUAUUUCAACUCGGUAGCCAACAUGGUAUUGAUGUGCAGAUAGAUAGAAAAAGAGAGAAGAAGGAACGAUAUGAGUGAAGAUGAGUAAAGCAAGUAAUCCACACUUUCUAGCGUUCUCUACCGACUGUGGCGGCCGACUCAGCACACUAAUUAACAUGUAGAACCA